AUGUUGAAGACGCUGACUUCUGUGCUCGUGGUGCUUGGACUUGCUAGCACAAACCAAGUAACUGCUGGACCUUUUGCUUACGGUAUUUGUCAAACAGGAUGUAACGCCGUCGCUGUCGCGUGCUACGCUGCUGGCGGUGCGGUGUUUGGUACCGUGACAGCAGGCGCUAGUACUAUUCCCGCUAUCAUCGCGUGCAACGCUGCGUUGGGGACGUGUAUGGCCGCCUGUGUUGCCGCUGGCUUGUCGCCGACGCCGUAA